AUGAAGUGGAGAUUCUCUCUCUUCUUCCUUGCAGUAGUCUUCGUCUCUCUCGCUUUACAUGUUCACCAAGCCAGUGGAGCUGCAUAUGUUGCGAAGACCAUCCAUGUCGAUCUCGAUGGUAGAGGAGAUUUCCGGACCAUCCAAGAGGCCAUCAAUUCAGUGCCUGCUAACAACAACCGAUGGAUACGAAUCCAUGUCUCGGCAGGAGUCUACAGGGAGAAGGUGAACAUAAAAGAAGAUCAAGGGUUCAUCCUACUGGAAGGGGAUGGGAGGGCAAACACAGUGAUUGAGUGGGGGGACUAUUCUGGCGACCCCUGGAAGCAUGAUACUUUCACAUCUGCAACUUUCACAUCUUGGGCAAACAAUUUCGUCGCUAAAAAUAUUACUUUCAAGAAUGGUGCUAGUAAUGUAGGGCAAGCGGUGGCAGCUUCGGUAGGAGGGAACCAUACUGCUUUCCAUGGCUGCGGCUUCGUCGGCGUUCAGGACACGCUUUUUGAUCGAAGUGGACUACAUUACUUCAAAGAAUGCUAUAUUGAGGGUGCAGUCGACUUCAUAUUUGGCAGUGGCCAAUCUAUCUAUGAGGGAUGCACGAUACGAACGGUUGAACGAUCCGGCUAUGUGACGGCUCAGGGAAGGCAAAGCCCUACCGAGGAGAAUGGAUUUGUCUUCAAGCAUUGUCUUGUGACUGGGACUCAAAAAGCCGGAUUAGGCAGAGCAUGGGGACGCCAUGCACGGGUAAUAUUUUAUGAAACUUUCAUGUCAGACAUUGUGAGACCUAAAGGGUGGCAUGUUUGGCAUGGCAAUAAGUAA